UUUUGUGUUGUGUUUUGGAAUAAAACUGAAUGAAAUAUCGUUUGUAAAAAAGGCAGGAUUUCCAUAGAACCAUGACGGAAGUCGAAGCAAAUAGACGCGGAGAGGGCUUCCCAGAGAAAGCCGAAUAUGAAAGAAUCCGUAAACAAGGCCGAGAGCGGUUACUGUUACUCUCUAAACCAAAGGAGGUAAAGAAAGAAUGGUAUACAAACGUUGGACCAGAUGUAUCUUGGGGUACACAAGAAAUGCUAUGGCCAGUAACAAAAACCGCCAAACAAGCUGAAGCUUCCAGAAGGGUCAGAGAGUUAGCCACACCAAAACGUAACUUUCAGGACGAGACAAAUAACAUUAAUGUCCCCUUGUACUACUACAGUUGUGGUAGAUCGUCCACCAUAUUUGAUGUACCAGAUGGUGCUAAGAAAGCUUCAGCAUCCGCUCGUAUUGAACAGUUAGCCCAACCUAAGUCAGAUGUUUGUAAUCAUAAAGACGAUAUUGCCCAGUUUGUAUACAGUUGCGGUCGAUCCAGUCCUAUUACAGCGGCCCCACCCGUACAGUCAGCAGAACGACCCCGAACCAAUCAACUAGCCACCCAUAAGAAUCCACACCCUGAAUUCGAGCCCAGUAAAGAAAUCCAAACCAUAGUCAGUACAGCAGCGAUGAAAGCCAGCGCCUCAGAAAGAAUAGAAGGGUUAGCAAAUCCUAAAAAUAGACCAGUUGGUCCUUUCAGAGAACCAGAAUGGCUGGUAUCUGACUCGGCUAAGAAUGCAGCAGCUUCAACAAGAAGUGUAGAACUAGCGCGUGCAAAACCUCUAGCUGAGGGUUACCAACCACAUAAAGAAAUUGAAUGGCCCAUUAGUAAAGGAGCAAAACGAGCACAAGCUACACCUAGAGUGAAUGAACUAUCCCAACCUGUAGUCAGAGCGUCCAUGGAUCACCUCCAGUUCAAUCCUGAUGCGUUUGUGGUAAAGGCGAGUGCUCUGAAAGGCAUUUGUCCGAAAAGAGUGGACGAAUUGGCACAACCUAUACAGAGAUAAUUCACAUGCAAACAUAAAAAAAAACUUUUUUCAAAGAAUUACAAAAAAAACCCUAAAAUAGAAAAUAUUUGCUACUGUAUUUUACAAAAACUUAAUGCGCCAUAGAUGAUUCUGUGAAAAGAGACGUUUAUAUGAUAGGACGUAUAGGAUACUGUUCUUGUAUAUAAAAACCAAAUUUCGUAUAGUCUCUUC